AUGGCCCGUCACGCCUUAACACGCUUCAACACGCUCAGACAUGCCACCACCGCCCUAUGGCUGCUGCUGCUCGCAUGUGGAGCUGGUGUGGCUGAGGAGGGGGAUGAAGACCCCCUGCCCCCGUGCGGGCUCUCGCAGGCGCGGGGCCGUGUUGUGGGGGGCAAGGGGGCGGCGCCGGGGGCCUGGCCCUGGCAGGUGAGCCUGGAGCUGGGGGGACAGCACCGCUGCGGGGGGACCCUGCUCAGCCCCCACUGGGUGCUCAGCGCCGCCCACUGCUUCCAGGGCGCCCCCGGUGCAGGCUCCCCCGGCUCUUGGCGGGCCGUGCUGGGCCGGGCACGGCUGUCGGCGGGGGGGGGGCAGGAGCUGGCCGUGGGCCGCGUGCUCCGGCACCCCCGGUACCGCCGCGUGCGGGGGGGCCACGACCUGGCCCUGCUGCGCCUGCGCUCCCCCGCGCGCCUCGGCCCCGGCGUCGGCACCCUCUGCCUGCCCCCCCCCGGCCUGCGCCUGCCCUAUGGGGCACAGUGCUGGGUGACCGGGUGGGGCCAUGUGGCCGAGAACGUGUCUCUGCCGGCCGGGGCCCCGCUGCAGGAGGUGGCGCUGGCGCUGCUCAGCCCGGACACCUGCAACUGCCUCUACUCGGGGCUGCGCCGGAGGGCGCUGGCGAGGCCGGCCCGGCCCAGCAUGGUGUGUGCGGGGGGGGCCGCGGGCAAGGGCGCCUGCCAGGCGGACUCGGGGGGCCCCAUCCAGUGCCGGGGGGGCUCCGGGCGCUGGUUCCAGGCGGGGGUGCUGAGCUUCGCCGUGGGCUGCGCCCGCCCGGGGCUGCCGGUGCUGGGCACGGCGCUGGGCGCCCACACGCGGUGGCUGCGGCGCCACCUCCCCCCCGGCGCCUUCCUCCAGCCCCACGACGCCGCCACCGAGCCCCACAGCGAGGAGGGGCUGUGCCUGGGGUGCGGGAUGUGGGGCGGCCCCGCUUUGGCGCCCCCUAGCGGCGCGGCGUGGCCCUGGUCCGUGGCGCUGCUGCGGGGGGGGCGGCCCCAGUGCUGGGGGGCGCUGAUAGCGGAGAGCUGGGUGCUGAGCGCCGCGCACUGCUUCAUCGGGCUCCCCCAGCCCCAUGGAUGUGCUCAGUGUGGAGGUGUCUCUGCCGGAACCCUGCGAGACCCCGACCCCCAACGACACCGUUUGUGUCACCGUGCUCGAGGGCAACAGCACCCGGCAGGCACUUGGUGGCUCCCCGUUGGCGUGUGUGGAGCGCGGGGUCUGGUUCCUGCUGGGCACGGCCACGACCACUGCGGCGGGGGGGGGAGUUGGGGGGGGCCGGCUCCGGUUCACCAGCGCCCCCCCCCUGGAGCGCUGGGUCAGCGGCAUCACCAGGGAGGCCUACUUCAAUGA